GAUUUGGCUGAAAUGACUUAAAACAGUUGGGACUCUUUUCUAUUCUGACCAAGAAGACGCAACAGUUGUGAUAGGAAACAAGAAGACAGAACCCCAGACCAUCCCAGCUGAUGAAGAGCCAGGAUGAUGCAAGCUGCAAGACAAGUUGAACCGGAAUAUCCAACUGUCACACCUUCCCCAACCGAUGUACAAAAGUUCCCGAAUUCCUUAGUGAAGGUGGAACCUGGAAUACACAGACACGAUUCCAAUGUCUUGGAAGAGAACCAUCAACAGCACAUGGUUGCUCCUGAGAAUGCUGAAAUACUGCAAGUCCAGGCAGACACUUCUGUAGAUGUAUCAGAAAGUGAAGCAGAAGUGUACCCUGAAACUUCUACCAGUGCCAAUUCACCACACAGCAAUCAAAACCUACCAACAAAGACGGUGAAGGUGACGUCUAAGAAACGCAGACGUGUUUCCAAAAUUCAAAGGAGACUGCCUUGGAGAGGGAAUGUUUCUUCAACGGAUGUUGAAGUACCUCAAGUCCAGCGUGGCACUACUGCACAUAUGACACCAACUGAAGCAGAUGUGUACCCUGAAACUUCUACCAGUGCCAAUUCACCACACAGCAAUCAAAACCUACCAACGAGGACGGUGAAGGCGACAUCUAAAAAGCCCAGAUGUGUUUCCAAAAUUCAAAGGAGAUUAUUUAGGAGAACCACUAUUUCUCCAAUGGAUGUUGAAGUACCUCAAGUCCAGCGUGGCACAGCUGUAGCUAUAGAACUGAGUGAACCAGAAGUGUACCCUGAAACUUCUACCAGUGCCAAAUCACCACGCAUGAAACAAAAACUACCAAAGCGGCUGGUGAAGAUGAUGACUAAGAAAAACAGACGUGUUUCCAAAUUUAAAAGGAAACUCUUUAGGAGAGGCAAUGCUUUUCCAAAGGAUGUUGAAGUGCCUCAAGUCCAGCGUGGCACUUUACCACCAACUGAAGCCGAAGUGUCCCAUGAACCUCCUGAUAAUACAGUUUCACCAGUUAACCAGCGAAAGUCUACAGUGAGCAUGGUCGAGGUACUAUUUAAUAAAUGCAGACGUGUGUCACCUGAAGAGACACAAGUGAAGGUGGAGAAGGUGGAGAGUAGAAGUUUUAAUUGUUUUACUUCAAUCUUUAAAAGAUUUUAUAAGAAGUCUGUCAUCCCUGAAGUUAUUGAAGAACCUCCAGCUGCUCCAGCUGCUCCAGCUGCUCCAGCUGCUCCAGCUGCUCCAGCUGCUCCAGCUGCUCCAGCUGAUGUUGUGCAUACAUCUGAAGAAAUACUACAAACCCAAAGGAAAGCGAUAAAUAUACUGUACCAAGCCCCACCUCAAUCUUCAGAUGAAGAUAUGCUUGAAGAGGAGGAGGAGGAGGAGGUGGAGGAGGAGACGGUGGAGGAGGCGGCCACGGCGGAGGAGGUGGAGGCAGAGGAAGAAGAAUUGGAGGAGGUGGUAGAGUUUGAGGCACCAGGGGAAGAGGCAGAGAAGGAGGAAGAAGAGGAGGAGGAGGAGGAGACGGUGGAGGAGGCGGCAGCGGCGGAGGAGGAGGCAGAGGCAGAGGAAGAAGAGUUGGAGGAGGUGGUAGAGUUGAAGGCAGCAGGGGAAGAGGCAGAGAAAGAGGAAGAAGAGGAGGAGGAGGAGGAGGAGGGGAUGGAAACCUACUACCUAUAA